GGUUGGUGGCUCUUGUCACGAAGCCCAGUUUGUGUAUAAGACUCAUUUGCCUCCUUAUGAGAGAGACACAGCCCCAGUGUCUGUGACUGAGACGAGCUGUGGGUGCGUAAGGAUGCAUAAACUCACAGCGGAAAAAAUCUGUCAGAAAAAAAAGAAUGUGCUUGACUUCCUCUUUGAAAACAAAAUUAGAACGUGAGAAAGAGAGAGAGAGAGAGCGACGGUAUGUAAAGAGCCUCUCGGAAGACUGGAGCGCAAAUGAAAGACGUGGUGAUGACAUUUGCGUAGGGGUCUGGAGAGAACGGGGUUCACUCAUUAGCAUCGUAGCUCUGGGUGUAAAAACAGGCCUUGAGAAUAAAUAAUUGUGGGUACCGAAAGGAGCCUGAGGGCCUCUCAGCACCAAUGGAGAAACAUUCCACCUUUGUGGUGCUCAUUCUGGCAUUCCUGCAAACAGGCAGAACCAACAACAGGAUUUCCAUCAAGCAAAGGCAAGAGCGCACGUCCCUGGUUGUGACCUGUGACCUCAGGGGUGAAGACAAUAUUGCCCAGAUAAACUGGGAAAAGAUGAAUGGUUCCAGCCGUGCAAUAGUGGGCAUCAUACACCCGAAGUACGGCAUUCACAUUCCCAAGGAGUACAUGGACAGCAUUGAGAUCCUAGAAAGUUCCCAUUUCCACACUUCCUCACUCAUUCUGCACCAAGUGGAUGAAAAUAAUGGCACCUGGUAUUGCUGCAUAUUCAUCACCUUUCCCUCUGGGAAUCUGCCGGACUGCAUAGAGGUGACCAGCAUGAAAACUGCAGCACCAGCUCCUCAGCAAAGAUUCCAGGUUCCUCCAGAGCGGCUCCUGCUAGGAGUCUCCGUCAUUCUCAUCAUCAUCAUCACUGCCACAGUAUACCUCAGCUGGCAGCAUUUCUGCAGCAGGAGACGAGUGUUUCAGGUGCAGCAGACAACCCUAUCCAAUGAAGAGGAGGAUCUACAGGAAUCUGCAGAAGCAUCCCCACAGCGGCUGGCUGAAAAUGAAUCGCCUGAGGCUUUUGACCCUUCAAAACUUUAUGCAAGAAUAAAAAUUGACCGCUACUAUGAGAGACUAUGGAAAGCAUGCCAGGCUGCCAAGUGUGGCUUGUCUCCAUUGGCCGAAUCAGGUGCCCGCAAGAUCUACUAUCUCCUUGGUGAGCAUAAGCCACCACAGAACGAUCAGGAGGAGGAGUUCCUUCAGAUAUGAGCUAUAGGAUGUAUGAGCAGAUAUGAAGCUUUCUGGGCAGGUAUUAUUUUUUCUAUUUUGUCAUUUUAAAUCAUUUAAAUCAAAUUAUCUUCUUACUGGAAAUAUCUAAGUGUGGUUCCUGUUUCAUUACAGACUGGAUUGUCUAUGGUCAUAUCCUACAGAAUACCAUAUGGAAAUGAAAGUUACUUUUGUAUAUAAACAGCGUUCAAUAAAAGAAAUCUACUCAACAUUG